AUGGAGGAACUGAAGUCGAUUCAUAAAUAUGAAACGAAGCAAAUAGAAGAGUCUAAAGAGUGUGCUAUACAGGCCCAACUAGAGAAGCUGGAUGCGAACACCUUAGAAAUUGUGAACAAACAGUAUUUCAACAGACGUAUAUACGGCAGGGACAUGAAGAGCAUCAGAGUUAACUUUGAUAUCCCUCAUAAGAGGGUUCUAUUUAAGAAAGUGAUGAAGCAGGGAGCCCAAGCCAACCAUAUAUCCCUUCUAUCAUUCCAGAAAGUGGCAAGGCGUGAGGAAAUGAUUACCGAAUUUCUAAGUGGAGUCAAAGUGGAAAAGAUCAAUCAAUUAUGUUUAAAAGGCAGCACUGACUUAGUAGACUUCAGUCUUUAUACCAGGAGUCUUAUGAAGUUCAUCUCGAAGACAGUUGUGCUCGUGAGGAUCACUUUUUUCAAGAUAUCACACAGGGAUUUUGGGAGGAUCUUAAUGGCCUGAAACAACAAAUCUAAAAUUAAGUUUAUGAAGUGUAGGAUCACUGUUGAUCAUCUUGACUACCUUGAUAAUGCACAGCCUUUGAUCAUCCAACUGGAUCUUUUCAGGAAUAAGAUUAUACAACCUGAAGAGGACACUGCAGAUCUUAAUGGUCUCAUCCAGAAGAUGGCAGACUCCAAGCUCAACACUUGUUUAAAAACAGUCAUCAUUAAGCUUCCUAUACAAUAUAGAUGAGCUAAAGACACUGAUAUGAACAGAAAUUAUAAUAUCGGAAAGUUCACAGUAAAUAUUUCAAUCUAA